UUCCACGUUGAGCAAAAUGGCAACGCCGGGCAGCGGCUCGUCCAGGCGUUUGGUUCAGUAUGUGAUCGUCCGGUCAGACCUGAUCCACAGUUUAUCGUGGCCUUUAGGAGCGGUUAUAACGCAAGCCUGUCACGCGGCCACUGCAGCCAUUCAUUUGCACUACAGUGACCCUGACACUCAGCAGUAUCUGGCGGAGCUGGACAGCAUGCAUAAAGUAGUGCUGCAGGCACCAGACGAGGCCUCUCUGUCCACUCUCUCCAGUACUCUAGAGGAAAAAGACAUCGCACACAAACUGUGGAUGGAGCAGCCUGAGAACAUCCCCACAUGUUUGGCACUGAAACCGUACCCUAAAGAGACUGUGCAGCCCUAUCUGAAAAAAUUCAAGCUUUUCAAAUGAACUCUCAACAUAAAGACUCCUCACAAUGAAAGAAAGAAGGUGCUGGAACAGCUUUAUCAUCACGCCUUUGAUUUUCUACAUCUACAUUGUGUGCUGGUAAUAUCUGCACAAUAGGAUGGACAUUUUGUUUAUGCUGGAAUCAAAAUAAUGAAGUGUUCUGAUGACCCUGACCCACUGGAAGAGGUUUUGAAAGAACAAAUUAAUUAAAUUAAUGAAUGACUAAUUAUGUAAGACUAUAAUAGUAAUUAAAUAAAGUUCCAAGAAAGCUGAA